AUGGGGGACAGGUGGGAAGAGUAUGGAGAGAAAGAGGAGAGGGAGGGAGCUGGAAAGCUGCAGCGGGAAGAGCGCAGGGAGAGAGGAGCGAGGUGGGAGAGGCACCCGGGCUGCGAGCAGGACUGGGAGAGGUGGUGUGAGGAAGAGCACACGGUGAUCAGGACUCAAAUCCAUAGGAAAACAUGUGCUGAUUGGGCUCUUGUUUUUGUGUUGAGGAGGACAGUCGAUGCUGCAGAAGAACUGCAAGAAGAAAAGAACGUGAAUGACAAGAACUCUGACUUGCUUCUUGAUGUGUAUAACCAUUCAACUGUCUAUUUCCAGACAAUGGGAGCAUAUGCUACUGCAAAGAGAGACAGUGCUGCAAGCAAACUGAAGAAGCUGAGUGAAGAUAGCUUAACUAAGCAGCCUGAAGAAGUCUUUGAUGUUCUGGAGAAGCUUGGGGAAGGAUCUUAUGGUAGUGUGUUUAAAGCAAUACACAAGGAGUCUGGACAAGUUGUAGCAAUUAAGCAGGUCCCUGUGGAGUCGGAUCUUCAAGAAAUAAUUAAGGAAAUAUCUAUAAUGCAACAGUGCGACAGUCCCUAUGUUGUCAAGUAUUAUGGCAGCUAUUUUAAGAACACAGAUCUAUGGAUUGUUAUGGAAUAUUGUGGGGCUGGCUCUGUUUCAGACAUAAUUAGACUUCGUAAUAAAACGCUAACAGAAGAUGAAAUUGCAACUAUUCUUAAAUCAACUCUUAAAGGACUUGAAUAUUUGCACUUUAUGAGAAAAAUACACAGAGAUAUAAAGGCUGGAAACAUCCUCCUCAACACUGAGGGGCACGCAAAAUUAGCUGAUUUUGGUGUUGCUGGUCAGUUAACAGAUACAAUGGCAAAACGUAAUACUGUUAUAGGAACUCCAUUUUGGAUGGCUCCUGAGGUAAUACAAGAAAUUGGCUAUAACUGUGUGGCAGACAUCUGGUCCCUUGGUAUCACUUCCAUAGAAAUGGCCGAAGGAAAGCCGCCCUACGCUGAUAUUCAUCCAAUGAGGGCUAUUUUUAUGAUUCCGACAAAUCCCCCUCCAACAUUCAGGAAGCCAGAGCUCUGGUCUGAUGAAUUCACAGAUUUUGUGAAGAAGUGUUUAGUGAAAAAUCCUGAACAGAGAGCUACAGCAACACAGCUUCUACAGCAUACAUUUAUUAAGAAUGCCAAGCCAGUUUCCAUUUUAAGGGACCUGAUCACUGAAGCUAUGGAAAUAAAAGCAAAGCGACAUGAAGAACAGCAGAGAGAACUAGAAGAGGAGGAAGAAAAUUCGGAUGAAGAUGAGCUGGACUCUCACACCAUGGUGAAGACCAGCUCAGAGAGUGCUGGUACCAUGAGGGCCACAAGCACAAUGAGUGAAGGUGCUCAGACAAUGAUUGAACACAACAGCACUAUGUUAGAGUCAGACCUGGGGACCAUGGUGAUAAAUAGUGAUGAUGAUGAAGAAGAAGAUGGGACCAUGAAAAGAAAUGCUACUUCACCGCAAGUACAAAGACCUUCUUUCAUGGACUACUUUGACAAACAAGAUUCCAAGAAUAAAAGCCCUGAAAACUGUAAUCAGAACAUGCAUGAACCUUACCACAUAUCCAAAAACGUUUUCCCUGAUAACUGGAAAGUCCCUCAAGAUGGAGACUUCGAUUUCGUAAGUACAUUCUUAAUGUUUUUCUUGCAGGAAGUUUAUGUGUUUGUGCCAAAAAUAGUUGAUCCUUCUCUAUAA